AUCAGAUAAAAGUAUUGAAAAUGUUAAAUUUUGUCUUCCAAAUAUGCUGUGAAAGCUUCUUAUCUUUGAUAUCUUGCGUCUAACAAUACACUGUCACAUGUAGAGCAGCACCUCACCACAGCGGUCAAGAUGUUGGUGACUUCAAGCUUGAAUAUGACCUCAUUGAUGAAUCAAGACUGCAUUUCAUCUGGGAAACACAUGUACCUAUGUGCAAAUGGGCAAUGUGUCAGUGGGGGGCCUGGGAGAUGCCCACGGUCUAAUAAGUGUGAUAGGUACGCUCUUAAACGAUCGUACUGCCCAGUCACCGGCUGGUGUGAAGCGUCUGAUUGGCAGUGCCUUCGUCCUUGUGGGUAUCGUCAGUUGCGCUUCCAUUACAAGUACAAGUGUUCUGGUUUUCCAGGACUGUGUAGAGCCGUGUCAUCUUCUUGUCCACCAGUCUGUGACCUUGAAAAGCCUUAUAAAUGCCAUGAUGAUAUAUUACCGGGGGUAUGUGCCAAGGGAAAGAACUGGUGUGAAUACUGCUUUGGAUAUCGUUGUCAAAUAGAUGGAGAAUGUAUAAUGUCCUCGAAGAAAUGUAAUGGUUUCAGCGACUGCAGCGAUGGUGCUGAUGAGGUGUCAUGUGACAUUAGCAACAACAGUUUCAGCGACCAUCCACGCUUAAGUGAGUGGCAAGUAGCUGGACUUAUUGCUGGUGUUUUUCUUAUAAUUCUCUUUUGCUUUUACUGGUGUUUAAAGGCCACAAGAAGUGCAGGAGAAGGGGCACCUGCAGGAGCUGCAAGCACAUCGCAAAAUCAACAAAACAGGUCAGGUGGACCUCGCGUGGCCGGUACAACACCAGCUGCUGUGAUAAGGCCACCAGCGGUUAGGGUCAGAGAUGUUUAUACUCAGCGUCCAAGCAACACUGCCAGAUCAAAUCCACUAUCUGAGAGUGGCUUUUAUGUCCCCGUGGCAUCAGUGCCAUCAGAUAUUAGUCCAAGGGGCCUCACUGUGGUAUCUAAUGCUACAAGAGGACAUGGAGCAGCAGCAAGUUCACUAUCUGAGAGCGGUUUUUAUGUACCCGCGGCAUCCGAACCAUCAGGUGCUAGUUUAAGGUGCCACACUGUGGUGUCCAAUGCUCCAAGAGGCUAUGGAGCUGCAGCAAGCUCCCCCAGGAGCUACCCAGAUGCGGCCAAUGACGAUACAUCGGGGGAGAAUCCAACCAUCGGACCGCCACCGUCAUAUGAGGAUGCGAUGCGGAAUGAUAACCAGAACCACGCGAAAGAUCCAAUGCUUCCUACUUACGAAGAAGUCACAGACGGAACGCCAGCUGAUAAACAAACAUUUCUGUGACAAUGUGUGAUGAAAAUAAGGACCACCGGAGACUCCAUGUUAGUGCAUGUUCAGGUAGUUGGCUGUGGUUGGCAGGUAUUGCUAUGUUUGCUGUUGGACAUGUUGGAUGGAGAAGUUUGGAAAAACAUUGAAUUAGAUCUGUUAUCAUUCAAACGGCGACUGUAGGCAGGCACAGAGUGUCCUGUUGGUCAUCUUCAGCUGCCAAAUAUGCACAGGUACAAGACUGGGUCAUGUUUGAUUCAGUAUCAGAUAUCCUCAUACAAACGUGAAUUGUACUGUUAAUAGGGGAGACUGUAUUAGUGAAUUUGUGUAACUUAAUCUGACCUACCAGGGUCCAGUUGUUAGAAAGCAUGUUAACUUAUAACAUGAUGUUGACAUCUUGUUUCA